GAGCGGCGGCCGCCGAGGCCCGGCCGCGCCGCUCCGCGCCCCGCGCCGCCGCCGCCCCCCCAGGCACCGGGCGCCGCUGCCCCGCCGCCGCCGCUGCCGCCGCGCUGUUCCGCGCCGCUCCGCUCCGCGCCCGGCCGCCGGCGGGAACAAAGGGCCGCGGGCUGAGCGCUCUCUCCCUGUGCCCAGGACGCGGCGCUGAGGCUGGUCGCCCGCCGCCGCCGCGCUCCCGCUCCCGCCCCCCCCGCCACACAAAGGCAGCCGCAGCUGGACGGGCGAGGGACCGCGCUCCACGCCAGGGCUCCGGUGCAGCGUCUCGGCUGGUCUUCUCCAUACUCAUGAACAUACAAAGGUCAACCCCUAUCACGAUAGCACGAUAUGGGAGACCGCGGAAUAAAACCCAGGAUUUUGAGGAGCUCUCGUCCAUACGGUCCAUCGAGCCAAGCCAGAGUUUUAGCCCGAAUCUAGGCUCGCCGAGCCCGCCGGAGACCCCGAACUUGUCGCAUUGCGUUUCUUGCAUCGGGAAAUACUUAUUGUUGGAGCCUCUCGAGGGAGACCACGUUUUCCGAGCCGUACAUCUGCACAGUGGCGAGGAGCUGGUUUGCAAGGUGUUUGAUAUUGGCUGCUACCAGGAGUUAUUAGCACCAUGUUUUUGUCUGCCUGCGCAUAAAAAUAUCAACCAAAUUACUGAAAUAAUUCUUGGGGAGACAAAAGCGUAUGUGUUCUUUGAAAGGAGCUAUGGGGACAUGCAUUCGUUUGUUCGUACCUGCAAGAAGCUUAAAGAAGAGGAGGCAGCCAAACUCUUCUAUCAAAUAGCUUCCGCUGUUGCACACUGCCAUGAUGGUGGACUGGUACUGCGAGAUCUCAAGCUGCGAAAGUUUAUUUUCAAGGAUGAAGAAAGGACUAGAGUGAAAUUGGAAAGCCUAGAAGAUGCUUAUAUUUUAAGAGGAAAUGAUGACUCUCUUUCUGAUAAGCAUGGAUGCCCAGCCUAUGUGAGUCCAGAGAUCUUGAACACAAAUGGCAGCUACUCUGGCAAAGCAGCGGACGUAUGGAGUCUAGGUGUCAUGCUUUAUACCAUGCUAGUUGGACGCUAUCCUUUCCAUGACAUUGAGCCUAGUUCCCUCUUCAGCAAGAUCCGUCGUGGGCAGUUUAACAUUCCAGAAACUCUAUCCCCCAAGGCAAAAUGCCUCAUACGUAGCAUACUGCGUCGGGAGCCAUCGGAAAGGCUGACUUCACAGGAAAUUCUGGACCAUCCAUGGUUUUCUACAGAUUUUAAUGUAUUGAAUUCAGGAUAUGGUGCUAAGGAAGUAUCAGAUCAGCUAGUGCCUGAUGUCAACAUGGAAGAAGACUUGGACCCAUUCUUUAACUGAGCACAAAGACUGGUGUUCAGAAGGUACACAACCUGGAGAUGGACACAUGAAGGAGCCCUUCCUGACCGUGUUAAAUCACAUCCUGCAUCAGCCUAGCUUGGUAGCAAAAGACAUUCAGAGGUCCUCAGAUUGAGAAGGAACCUCCACAAGGAGCUAAUAUAACAAAUGUAGCA